GCCCUGGGGGCGUGGUUUCGCGGGGGCUCUGGCGGGGGCGGGGCCUGGUCCCGGCCACGCCCCUCCUUGCCAGUGGCCAAGGGCGCGGCACUUUCACUUCGCUGCAAAGCUGCGGUCUGCACCAGGUCUGCACCAGCCGAGCGAAGGUGAUCCAGAGCCAACAUGGCCGUCCUCUCUAAGGAGUAUGGUUUUGUGGUUCUGACCGGCGCCGCCAGCUUUAUCAUGGUAGCUCAUCUGGCCAUCAACGUUUCCAAGGCCCGAAAGAAGUACAAAGUGGAGUAUCCGACCAUGUACAGCACGGACCCUGAAAACGGGCACCUUUUCAACUGCAUUCAGCGCGCCCACCAGAACACGUUGGAAGUGUAUCCUCCUUUCUUAUUUUUCCUAGCUGUUGGAGGUGUUUAUCACCCGCGUGUAGCUUCCGGCUUGGGCUUGGCCUGGAUCGUGGGACGAGUUCUCUACGCGUAUGGUUAUUACACAGGAGAACCCAGCAAGCGGAGUCGGGGCGCCAUCGGCUCCAUAGCCCUCCUUGGCCUGCUGGGCACAACCGUGUGUUCUGCCUUCCAGCAUCUUGGUUGGGUUAAAACCGGCUUGGGCGGGGGGUCCAAAUGCUGCCAUUGAAGAAUCAUAGGCUGUUUAAAAACUCUCGUUCAUUUUGAGUGACCUUUAUUUUCAGUUACUUUUUUUUUUUCUAAAUAUAAUAAAAACCUACCUGGCAUUAGCCUCAUACCUAAA